AUGGAACGGGCCCGGGAGCAGGUCCAGUACUGGCCUUUUUCAGCCUCUGACUUGUAUAAUUGGAAAACUCAUAACCCCUCUUUUUCUCAGGACCCUCAGGCUCUAACUGCUUUAAUAGAGUCUAUCCUCCUCACCCACAAAACCAGCUGGGAGAAUCGCCAACAACUCCUCCAGGUGCUUUUAACCACAGAGGAGAGACAGUGAGUCAUCCUAGAAGCCUGGAAAAACGUGCUUGGGCAGGAUGGGAGACCCACUCUACUCCCAAAUGAAAUAGAUGAAGGAUUUCCUCUGACCCUACCCAAUUGGAACCUCGAGACUGUGGCCGGUAGGGAGCGUCUCCGUCUUUAUCACCAGACUCUGAUAGCGGGUUUCAAAGGGGCCGGAAGGCGCCCAACCAAUUUGGCAAAGGUACGUGCUAUAACUCAGGGGGAAAAUGAAACCCCCGCAGGGUUCCUAGAGCAUUUAAUAGAGGGAUAUCGGAUGUACACCCCUUUUGACCGCACGGCCCAGGAGCGUCAGGCAGAUCUUAUUAUGGCCGUUAUAGGACAAUCAGCCCCUGACAUUCGUGGUAAUGUCCAAUGGCUAGAAGACCUUCAGGGGUACUCUUUGCAGGACUUAGUGAGAGAAGCUGAAAGAAUCUAUAAGAGGCGGGAAACAUUAGAGGAAAGAGAGGACAGAAUCAGAAAGGAACAGGAAGCUAGAGAAGAUAAGAGAGAGAAAAAGAGAAAUAAGGAAUUAAGUCGAGUUUUGACCACAGUAGUCCAGGGAACAGGACCAGGGAGGGACCUGGGAGACAAAAGGAGGCCUCAAGUAGACAAAGAUCAAUGUGCCUAUUGCAAAGAAAGAGGACAUUGGGCUCGAGAAUGUCCAAAGAAGCUGAACAAAUCUCAAAAGAAAAUAACCAGUCCUGACUCUAGGGGACUAAGGCAGUCGGGGCCAGGAGCUGCCCCUGAGCCCAGGGUAACUUUAAAGGUAAGGGGGCAAUUGACUACUUUCAUGGUCGACACAGGAGCCCAACACUCGGUCUUGACCACAACUGAAGGGCCCAUGAGUUCCAAAACAGCCUGGGUCCAAGGGGCCACCAGAGGAAAAACAUACAGAUGGACCACAGAAAGAAAAGUGGACCUCAGCAUGGGACAGGUCUCCCACUCGUUCCUGCUGGUCCCCAACUGUCCAUAUCCCCUUCUUGGGAGAGAUUUACUCUCUAAGCUGGGAGCCCACAUCCACUUCACCAGAAAGGGAGCUACCCUAGAAGGAAAGGAUGGAGCUCCACUACAAGUGUUAACCCUGAGACUGGAAGAUGAACAUCAGUUAUAUGAAGGACUGAUAGUAGGAACUCCUGGUAUACCUAAUUAGCUAGCUAAAUUCACCUCAGCAUGGGCUGAGAUAGGAGGCCCGGGACUGGCACUCAACCAGCCUCCAAUAGUGGUCACUCUACAACCAUCUGCAACCCCGGUUUCAAUCAAACAAUACCCUAUGAGCAGAGAGGCUUGAGAGGGAAUCAGGCACCACAUUCAAAGACUUUUACAAAUAGGUAUACUCCGCCCCUGUCAGUCCCCUUACACCCCACUGCUCCCCGUGAGAAAGCCAGGAACGAAUGAUUAUCGACCAGUCCAAGACCUAAGAGAAGUUAAUCAGAGAAUAGAAGAUAUACACCCCACCAUUCCCAAUCCCUACAAUCUCCUGAGCUCCUUGCCUCCCAGUCACAGGUGGUAUACUGUAUUUGACCUGAAGGAUGCGUUUUUCUGUCUGAGACUGAGCCCGGUUAGCCAACCUAUCUUCGCGUUCGAAUGGAAGGACCCUGAAGCUGGAAUAUCAGGGCAACUAACCUGAACACGACUUCCCCAAGGAUUCAAGAACUCCCCUACUCUGUUUGAUGAAGCUCUACAUCGUGAUUUGGCUCAAUUCCCGGUAAGAAACCUACAGAUCAUGCUUCUUCAAUAUGUGGAUGACCUCCUCUUAGCGGUUGAGACAGAAGCUGAGUGUCUGCAAGGUACGGAGGCUCUCCUAUUGAGACUGGGGGAACUUGGAUAUCGGGCCUCGGCAAAGAAAGCCCAGAUCUGCCUACAGCAGGUGAACUAUUUGGGCUAUAGGUUGGAGGGAGGGCAACGUUGGCUAACGUAAAGCAGGAAACAAGCGGUAGCCUCUAUCCCCCCACAAACCUCAGCUAGAGGACUCAGAGAGUUCUUGGGAAGCGCAGGAUUCUAGUACUGACUGGGCUUCACUGAAAUAGCAGCUCCUCUAUAUCCUUUAACAAAGAAUGGGACCCCUUUCGUCUGGGCAGAAGAACACCAGAGAGCUUUUGACAAAAUAAAAAGAGCGCUGUUGACGGCUCCAGCUCUAGGAUUACCAGACUUGACAAAACCUUUCAUCUUAUACAUAGAUGAAAAUAAAGGGAUGGCAAAAGGAGUUCUUACUCAGACUUUGGGACCCUGGAAAAGGCCAGUGGCUUAUCUCUCAAAGAGACUGGACAAUGUGGCCACUGGCUGGCCCCCAUGCUUGAGAAUCAUGGCAGCAAUAGCAUCCCUGGUAAAAGAUUCACACAAACUCACCAUGGGUCAGCCCCUAACUAUCAUAACACCACAUGCGGUGGAGUCCAUCAUUAGACAGCCCCCUGACAGAUGGCUGUCAAAUGCCAGGGUGACCCAUUAUCAGGCACUACUACUGAAUCCAGAACAGAUCAAGUUUGGUAGCCCUGCCACCCUAAACCCCGCCACACUGCUACCGGCACCCGAAAAGGGCACUGAGAUUCCCCAUGACUGCCAGCAGAUACUUGCAGAGACUCAUGGGACUAGGGAAGACCUGACCAACCAGACCCUGACGGAUGCGGAUGCCACUUGGUACACGGAUGGAAGCAGCUUUCUGCGGGACGGUGAGUGAAAAGCGGGGGCGGCGGUGGUUGAUAGAGAAAAGAAAAUCUGCACCCAAGCCCUGCCGGCCGGGAUAUCGGCCCAGUGGGCAGAACUGGAAGCUUUAACCCAGGCCCUCAAGUUAGCAAAGGUCAAAAAGGUCAAUAUCUACACUGAUAGCCGCUAUGCGUUUGCCACAGCCCAUGUACAUGGGGAAAUUUACCGGAGGCGGGGGCUCCUCAGCUCGGCUGGUAAGGACAUUAAAAACAAGGAAGCAAUAGUGGCCCUUCUACAAGCUUUGUAUUUACUUAAAAAGGUCAGCAUUAUUCAUUGCUCUGGACAUCAGCGAGACCAGGGGCCGAUUGCUCGGGGCAUUCAGAUGGCAGAUGAAAUUGCCCACCAAGCAGCAGAGGGCACCUGUAUUCUCUACGCCCAAUCGUCACCGGAGGCUGAGAUCACGGAGGAAUCAGAAAAAGAUCUCUUCAUUUAUUCCGAGCAAGACCUAAAAGUAGCCCAGGAGUUGGUGAUGGAUCCUGAAACUAAAAUGUGGAGAUAUCGGGAUCGAAUCAUACUACCCCAAAAGACAGCCCUUGAGUUAAUCUCCCAACUCCACCAGUGGACACACCUAGGACACAAGAAACUAAAAACAUUACUAGAAAGAGAAGAACAAUUCCAUUAUUUCCCGGACCUUAACCAGCUAGUCCAGAAGGUAGUGGGAGAUUGUGUCUCAUGUUCCUUGGUGAAUGCUUCUAGAUCAAAGGUCCCAUGUGGCAUGAGAGAAAGAGGGACACGAACAGGGACUAAUUGGGAAAUGGAUUUUACUGAGGUCCUACCAGGGAAGUAUGGUUAUAAAUAUCUCUUAGUGUUUAUAGCCACUUUCUUGGGGUGGGUUGAAGCUUUCCCCACCCGGAAGGAAACAUCCCAGACUGUGGUGAAGAAAUUAAUCGAAGAAAUCUUCCCUUGAUUCGGACUGCCCAAGGUAAUUGGAUCUGAUAAUGGCCCAGCCUUCGUCUCCCAGGUAAGUCAGGGAAUGGCCAAAGCAUUGGGGAUUAAUUGGAAAUUACAUUGUGCUUACAGACCCCAAAGUUCAGGACAGGUAGAAAGAAUGAAUAGAACCAUUAAAGAGACCUUAACCAAAUUAGCUCUAGAGACUGGCACUAAAGACUGGGUGCAGCUCCUACCUCUAGCCCUAUUUCGGGCUAGAAAUACUCCUGCUAUAUAUGGCCUAACCCCCUAUGAAAUCCUCUUUGGAGGACCGCCUCCUGUCCUCAAUGUAACCUUGUCUUCCUUGCCCUCUUCUUUUGAUAACCCCAGCCUGGAAACAAGACUUCAUGCCCUCCAGAUAAUCCAGAACCAGGUUUGGAGGCCUUUGGCUGCUGUCUACCGGCCUGGGAAUCCACAAACGCCCCACUCCUACCAAAUUGGAGAUCAGGUGUAUGUGAGAAGACACAACGUAAAGACUGUUGAACCACGGUGGAAAGGACCCUACACGGUUCUCCUGACUAUGCCCAUGGCCCUCAAGGUAGACGGGAUUUCGGCCUGGGUCCAUGCUUCCCAUGCCAAAAGAGCCCCAGCCCAGGAGGACGCUGGAAAAUGGCAUCUCCACAAGACAUCCAACCCUCUAAAAAUAAGACUCUCCAGAUAUGAUUCUACUUGUUUGUAG